AUGAAAGUAGGAUCUGGCAAGGGGAGAAAAACAUGUCUCACAGUGACUAUAAUUUUCAUUGCAAUUGUAUUGCUAAUUCUCAUUCUGGCUUUCACUGUAUUCAAAGCCAAGCAUCCUGUUAACACCGUUGACUCAGUAAAGUUACAAAACUUCGACAUCAACUUGGAUAUAGCAAAACUAAAGGUUGAUUUGAAUGUAACCCUUGAUGUGAAUGUAUCCGUCGAGAACCCAAAUAAGGUUGGUUUCGAUUAUUCAAACACCACUGCACACCUCAAUUACAGAGGCCAGCUUAUAGGCGAAGUCCCUAUCAUUGCCGGACACAUCUCUUCCGGUGGGACAAAAGGAUUCAACCUCACUCUCACCGUUAUGGCCGACCGAUUGUUAUCCAAUUCCCAGCUUUACUCUGAUAUCAUAUCUGGUACAUUGCCCCUAAACACUUUUGUUACCAUUAAAGGAAAAGUCACUAUCUUUGGCUUUAUCAAAGUCCAUGUGGUUUCCUCUGCUUCCUGUGAUCUUGCUGUUAAUACUUCCAAUAGAACUGUUGCCAACCAACUCUGCCAAUACAAAACUAAACUUUGA